CGACUCGACUCGCCCCAAAAACUAACAAUCACAACUCUCUUCAAGUCCAUUUAAUUAAGAUUCGAUCUUCUUCAUUGUCAAAUCUCCUUCGUCUUCUCCUUCUUCCUCCAAUUUCUCUCCAACAAAACCAUGAAUCUCUUCGGCAAGAAACCAACGUCGAAAGAGGUUCUUCGUGCCAGUAAGCGAGAAAUGACGACCGCGACCAGAGGUAUUGAAAGGGAAAUUGCUGCAUUGCAGUUGGAGGAGAAACGAAUGGUGGCUGAAAUAAAGAGAACUGCCAAAACUGGAAAUCAGGCAGCAACUACGAUUUUAGCUCGUCAACUUGUCAGACUAAGGCAACAAAUUGCUAACUUACAAGGUAGUCGUGCUCAAAUGCGAGGCAUAGCUACGCAUACCCAGGCUAUGCAUGCAAACACUGCUGUGGCUUCUGGGAUUGAAGGUGCUAGUAAGGCAAUGGGAGCCAUGAAUAAGCAAAUGGCUCCGGCAAAGCAACUGAAGGUUAUGCAAGAAUUUCAAAAGCAGUCAGCACAAAUGGAUAUGACGACCGAGAUGAUGUCAGACUCAAUUGACGACGCUUUAGACAAUGAUGAGGCUGAAGAUGAAUCUGAGGAGCUCGUUGAUCAGGUUCUGGAUGAAAUUGGUGUUGACAUUGCCUCACAGCUAUCUUCAGCCCCCAAAGGUAAAAUUGCCGGGAAGAGUCAAGAGAGCGCUGAAAGUUUGGAUGUCGAUGAGCUUGAGAAGAGGUUGGCUGCACUUAGAAACACUUGAGUUGAUGACAUUUAUUCUUUUUGUCGCAAAAAUUUAUUUAAGAUUUGUUCUUCUAGUAUUAAAUUUGGUUGCAUAAUAAUAAGGUACAUAAAACAUGAUGUUCGAGUUAUUGAUGUAAAUAGAAUACUGUAAAGCCAAAGGGCAGUUGUGAUCGAACCAUCAGUAUAUGUGUCUAUAGCGAUGAUAGAAAGUUUCAACUUGAAUAUUAUGUUUAUCGUCGAAAACAUUGAAAAAAGAUUUUUUCCC